CGCCCGCCCGCGCCGCGCCGUGCCGGGAAGAUGGCGGCUGCCGCGGGCAGAGCCUGGCGGGCUGCGGCGCUGCUGCCGCUCUGGCGGCUGCAGGCUCCGCGCCGCGCUUACGGCGCCGCGGAGGGCGGCGGGCCGGGAGGCCGCGGCCGCCUGCUGCUGGGCGCUGCCUUCGCGCUGGGCGGCGGCGCCGGCCUCUACCAGGUGGCGCGGCACCGCCUGCGGGAGCACUCGGCCGCUGAGCUGCCUGAAGGGAGCCUGCAGCUCACCCUCUACCAGUAUAAGACAUGUCCUUUCUGCAGCAAAGUGCGAGCUUUUCUUGAUUAUCAUGGGUUGCCCUACGAAAUUGUAGAAGUGAACCCAAUAAUGAGGAAAGAGAUCAAAUUCUCUUCUUACAGAAAGGUGCCUAUUCUGCUAGCCAAUGCUGGAAGUCCUCUGCAAUUGAACGAUUCUUCAGUGAUCAUCAGUGCAAUAAAGACCUAUCUUAUUUCCAAGAGGAAGAGCUUAGAAGAGAUUGUGUCUUUUUAUCCUCCUAUGAAAACUGUGACUGAGCGAGGCAAGGAGACAUUAGAGUAUGGGAAUAAAUACUGGCUUAUGCUGGAUGAAACAGAGACAAAGCGAGUUUAUCCCGUCAAAGAAGUGAGAGUGGAAGAAAUGAAGUGGAGAAAAUGGGCAGACGACUGGCUUGUUCACCUCAUCUCCCCCAAUGUUUACCGUACCCCUAGGGAAGCCUUGGCAUCUUUUGAUUACAUUGUCCGUGAGGGGAAGUUUGGCACCGUGGAAGGUUUCUUUGCUAAGUACAUGGGGGCUGUUGCCAUGUUCUUCAUUAGCAAGAGGUUGAAGAAAAGACAUCACCUUCAAGAUAAUGUCCGAGAAGAUUUAUAUGAAGCGGUUAAUGAGUGGGUAAAAGCUGUUGGCAAACAUCGACUGUUCAUGGGUGGCAGCCAGCCAAACCUUGCUGAUUUGGCAGUAUAUGGGGUCCUCAGAGUUAUGGAAGGACUGGAAGCCUUUGAUGACAUGAUGGUUAACACCAAGAUUCAGCCUUGGUACCAGCGCAUGGAAGAAGUGGUUCAAAGAACUGAAUUUGCAAUCUGAUGUCGACUACACCUGCCUUCCUGAAAUACUUGCAUGGAAAAAGCUUCAGAAGGAAAGGCAUUUCAUUUUUUAACAGUUUAAAGUGGGCUGGUCACACCUCAUGGAUGGACAUGCAGGCACACGGACUGUCCCAUUUAGAGCAGUAAGUCUCAGCAGAAGGGAUCCAGAUGUGCAUAAGCUCAGAUAUGAUAUUUAGAAGGACGGAGACAGGUGAAAAGGGUCUGGACAUUGCUGUCUUCUGCAGUUCAAUCCAAGCUUCUCCUUUACAGCAAACAGGCUGCUUCUAGGUGAGAGCCAUGCUCAGAGCAGGUUGCUGUGAAAGCAAGCUGCUCUCUUGACUAUAAAUGUCACAGCCAUAUCAAAUAUGAUAUGCCUGAGCAGCUUUUGCUUCAGGCUUGUCUUCCUCCACUCAUCCAUAUCACCUUAAAAUGUUUUCCUGACUGAGGCACUGGAUACUAGUUUUUUAACUGACAAUUUUUCCUGCAAUAGAAUCCUGCAAGCCUAGUGCUGUAGGAACUGCAGGAGCCCACGGUACUGGGAGAGGCGUCUUUCCUAUGGCAGAAAAGAUGCUGCACUCUACAGAUUGUAUGCUUUUGCUCUUCCACGUGAACGGUUCUUUCAUACCUGAUUCCGCGUGGUCUGCGAGGAAAAAGGCCUGCUUCUCUUUAUGUGCCCUAUGCAGUUUUUGUGAAUUCUUACCUUAUUGUUUUGCCCAGAGAGCACACCCUGCCCCGAAGAAUCACUAAUGCACAGGAAUUAUUUAUCUUGCAAAAAAUCUCCCUGGAAGUACCCCUGAAAAUCAGUUUGUUUCUGUUCUGGAAAGAACAGGAUUAAGAGAAACCUAUGUGCCUGGGGACUUUCCAGAUGUUUCGUAAUGCAAAACUGUAACAGAGGAUUUGCUGUUGGAGCAACUGGCAUAGGGCUGUCACUAGGUACUGCCAUGCAACGUGAAUUCUCCUGAGCUCUACGAGCUAGAAAGGCCUGGUGUCUUUGUGAGAGGCGAUGUAGGCUUGAAAGUGAGUGAUCCUCUCUGCAGCCUGAGGCUUAAACUUCCUUAAUUAUCAGCCGAAUUAGCAGUUCUGAUUUCCCCAAAGAACGGGGGAUGCCUUUUAAAGAAACUGGUGCUUGGAGAAAUUAUGAGUGCAGCUGAAAUCUGUCUGCAAAAGAGGUAUUUGCACUGGGGGGGGGGGGGGCUUUAUUUUGUGUAAGAAUGGAUGUUGAGGGUUUUUUUUUUUUUUCCCCGAAUAUACAGAAUGACUAGAGGUAGCAGCAGGAUAAUUAACUACAAAAUCAAUUAGGGAGGGAAGAAAGAUGCUGUGUGCAGUAAAAACAGCUCUUGGUGUUGCCUUGUGACUCACUAGACUUGCUUAUUAAAGCUGUCCUGUACCGAAA